AUGAAUUGUCUGGUGUGCUUGGGAGGUCUGUGGAUCCUGUCCAUGGCCCUCGCCCACGCUACCAUAGACAUCUGCAGCGCUAAGCCCAAAGGCUUGCCCUUGCCCGUCUGCGUCUACCGCAACCCAAACGUACAUGACGAAGCAAAACCAUCAUCUGAAACAGCUGAGCAGGUCCCGGACUCCACCAAUCCUCGUGUGUGGGAGUUGUCCCAGGCCAACGGGCGCUUCGCGCUGUCCCUCUUCAAGCAGCUUGCUAAGGACAAGGGCGCUGAGGGCAACAUUUUCAUGUCCCCGCUUAGCAUCUCCACAGCGUUCGCCAUGACCAAGCUGGGGGCUUGUAACAGCACGCUGGAGCAGAUCAUGAAAGUGUUCGAGUUUGAUACGAUAAAGGAGAAGACAUCAGACCAGGUUCACUUUUUUUUCGCCAAGCUAAACUGUCGCCUCUACCGUAAAAAGCACAACACAGUAGAACUGGUGUCUGCCAACCGACUGUUUGGAGAGAAGUCUUUGACUUUCAAUGAGAACUAUCAAAACAUCAGUGAAAUAGUCUAUGGAGCCAAACUGCUGCCACUUCAUUUCAAGGAAAAACCGGAAAUGUCAAGGCAGAAGAUCAACGCGUGGGUCUCCGAGAAGACAAAAGGCAAAAUAAAUGAGACACUGCCAGAAGGCUCAAUAGACUCCACUACCAUACUGGUCUUGGUCAACACCAUCUACUUCAAGGGCCAGUGGAAAAAAAAGUUUGAUAAAGCUGAUGUCACCGAGUUACCAUUCCAUGUUAGUGAGAAAGAAAAGUGCCCAGUGCCCAUGAUGUACCAAGAGACCAAGUUUCAGUACCAAAGGUUCCCUGAGGAUGGAGUGAAGGUCCUGGAGCUGCCCUACAAUGGAGGAGGCAUUUCAAUGGUACUGGUGUUACCAACUGAAAACACAAAGCUGUCUGAGGUGGAGACACAACUCACUCUUAAGAAGCUCAGUGGCUGGUUGAAUGCCACAACUGAGACCACGGUGGCAGUGCAAAUCCCACGUUUCCGCAUUGAGGACAGCUUCAGCCUCAAAGACAAGAUGGAGGCUAUGGGCCUUCAUCACUUAUUCAGUGCAGAGCACUCCAGCCUCCCAGGCAUGGUGGCGAACUUCACCAAAGGCCUCUAUGUCUCUGAAGCCUACCACAAAGCUUUCCUUGAAGUGAACGAAGAAGGCAGCGAGGCAGCAGGCGCCACGGCUUUAGCGUUCCUCGGUCGCUCCCUCAAUCUGAACCGUGAGAGCUUUGUAGCCAACCGACCUUUUCUGCUCUUCAUCCGAGAGUUCACCAUCAACGCCAUCAUCUUCGCUGGCCGUGUGGCCAACCCCUGUAAAAGCAGCUAA